AUGCCUCCAAAAGCUGACUGGGACAAAUAUGUCGCUCCUGACGAGGAUGACGAUAAGAAUCAGGAUAAUGUCGUACCAUUGACCGAAGGCGACAUCCAAGUGUUGAAGACAUAUGGAGCAGCACCUUAUGGAGAAGCUUUAAAGGAGAUUGAAAAGGACUUAAAGACCAUAGAAGAUCGCAUAAAAGAGUCUGUGGGGAUCAAAGAGAGUGAUACUGGAUUGGCACCACCUCAUUUAUGGGAUGUCAUGGGAGAUAAACUACGGGCCAAUGAAGAGCAACUGCUUCAAGUUGCAAGAUGUACUAAGAUCAUUCAGGCUUCUAACACUACAACAUUAUUACAGAAUGCCGAUACUAAAGCCAAAUAUGUGAUCAAUAUCAAACAACUUGCUAAGUUUGUCGUUGGAUUGGGAGAACGAGUUUCCCCCACAGAUAUCGAAGAAGGUAUGAGAGUUGGUGUGGAUAGACAUAAAUAUGAGAUCCAAUUACCAUUGCCUCCCAAGAUUGAUCCUAGUGUUACGAUGAUGACAGUGGAAGAGAAGCCAGAUGUUACUUAUAGCGAUGUAGGGGGGUGUAAGGAACAGAUUGAGAAGCUAAGAGAGGUUGUUGAAUUACCAUUAUUAUCACCAGAAAGAUUUGUUAAAUUAGGUAUUGAUCCUCCCAAGGGUAUUCUUUUGUAUGGACCUCCAGGUACAGGGAAGACCUUGUGUGCACGUGCUGUUGCCAAUAGAACUGAUGCUACUUUCAUUAGAGUAAUUGGAUCUGAAUUGGUUCAGAAAUAUGUUGGUGAAGGGGCUAGAAUGGUUAGAGAAUUAUUUGAAAUGGCCAGAACCAAAAAGGCAUGUAUUAUUUUUUUCGAUGAAGUUGAUGCUAUUGGUGGAGCCAGAUUUGACGAUGGAGCUGGUGGUGAUAAUGAAGUUCAAAGAACCAUGUUGGAGUUGAUUACUCAAUUGGAUGGGUUUGAUCCUAGAGGUAAUAUUAAGGUGAUGUUUGCAACCAAUAGACCCAAUACAUUAGAUCCUGCCUUAUUGAGACCUGGGAGAAUAGACCGGAAAGUGGAGUUCUCAUUACCGGAUUUGGAAGGUAGAGCCAAUAUCUUUAGAAUUCAUUCCAAAACCAUGAGUGUAGAAAAGGGAAUUAGAUGGGAAUUGAUAUCAAGAUUAUGUCCUAAUGCUACAGGAGCAGAGUUAAGAUCAGUGUGUACUGAAGCAGGUAUGUUUGCUAUUAGGGCCAGACGGAAGGUUGCCACUGAAAAGGAUUUCCUUAAAGCUGUUGAUAAGGUUAUUAAGGGUAACUUGAAGUUCAGUUCCACCAGUCAGUACAUGCAAUAUAAUUGA